AUGUCUACCCCAACCGAAUCCCAGAUCCUCACAAACUACCUCCUCCUCCCCGCCGACCUUCGCACCAUCAUAACCCCAAACCAAUUCGCCGCCCUCUUCCCCCGCCCCCACCAAUCCUCCCCCAACAUCCAGACCCUGUACCGCGACCUCGAACACCAGCGCUCCACAGCCGUCGACGCCGUGCGCAAAAACAUCGCCGUCGAAACAAAGAGGGGAUACCGCCUGCGCGACGAAGUGGCCAAGGCGCGCAGGGAGGAGGAGCAAGGGGAGGAAGACGACGAGAUUGAGAUUGAGAGGGCCCUCUUCGGAUCGUCGACUGAUGCAAAGAAUACGAAACACACCCUCUCGUCCAUCAUCCCCGAACUGGACGGCGCCGUAGAAGACUUGGAAGCCGAGAUUAAGGCUCUGGAAGACGAGGAAAAGACCAUCAUCGCAUCGCUCAAGAAGACCGUGGGGACGAUGAGCGAUCUGCGCUACGGGGAGCUGGAUAAUAAGGAGCUGCCACAGGAUACCCUCGAGGCUUUAAAAGCUCUUACAGCGAGGUGUAACGACAUGGAGUGA